ACCAGUAGCGAAAUGGCUCCCACAAAGGAACGUCUCCACAGCCUUAUGCACUUGUUCAUAGCAUGCCUCCUCAAGCUUAGCACCGCAGCGCCUUGCCUGCCGGAUCAGGCUUCUUCCCUCCUCCAGCUAAAAGCUUCCUUCAUUGGUGACAGUCUACCAUCAUGGCAAGCUGGAACCGAUUGCUGCCACCACUGGAAGGGCGUCACCUGUGACGUGGCCUUCGGAAGAGUCAUUUCUCUUGACCUCGGUGAGUUUGACCUGACGAGCAGUCGUCGUCUUGAUCCUGCGUUGUUCAACCUCACCUCUCUUAGGAACCUCAGCCUUGCAUUCAAUGACUUUAGUGGAGCCUUGGUCCCAGCUUCUGGUUUUGAGCGGCUCACGGUUAUCAUCCACCUCAACCUCUCGUGCGCCAAUUUUGGGUUUCAGAUCCCAAUUGGAAUUGCCUACCUCAGGAACCUUGUCACCAUUGACUUGUCUGGUACAAUUGGAAGGCUUGUUUCACUUCAUGGACUCGACAUGUCGCACAAUAACUUCACAGGAAAGAUUCCAUCACAACUCGGUAACUUAACGAGGCUGGAAUCAAUGGAUCUCUCUUGCAACUCUCUCUCCGGAGAAAUUCCACAGGAGUUUACCUCUCUAACUUCUCUUUCCUGGUUGAACCUUUCGUACAACAACUUCACAGGAAGAUUACCACAGGGAAACCAAUUCUUGACAUUUCCCAGCAGCUCGUUUGAAGGGAAUGCUGGCCUAUAUGGAAUUCAACUUUCUAAGCAAUGUGACAAUCUAGGUCCAGAUUUAACAACCCGAAGCACAUUGGCUCCUGAACCCAAUAGUUUGUGGCAGGACAGACUUGAUGCCAUCAUUUUCUUCCUCUUUGUUGGCUUGGGCUUUGACGUGGGUUUUGCAUUGUCAAUCAUAUUCAGAUCCUUUUACCACAUAGAAGGAUGGCUUUACAAGCAUAUGUACUAGUAAUAUAAGUUUUUAACAAGGAUAGUCAUGUAUGUUUGUGUUGUACUCGUUUGAUGAGACAGCUUAAACCCACUCAGCUGUAAUAAGGUUGGUUUCACUCAAUUUCAUAAUUUCAUAAAUGUAUGACCCUCAAAUAGAGUUGUUUAUAAGUGAAAAAAAUAAUUCACCAACUUCCCAACUCCAAUGUUCAAUUUCCAAGGCAUUUGCCGUUGCCCUGUCCACAGAAACCAAGCGCUGCAUUUGAAAUUAAGGGAAUAUUCAGUUUAAGUAAUCAAGUUAUAUCAAUAUAUAUGGCAGGUUGAAGGCAAUUUUCAUUGCAGCUUUACCUGGCUUCCACAUGCAAGUUUGGAACGCAAGAAC